GAGGGAGAUGGCGGCGGCGGCGGCCGGGCGAGGCUGUCGGCUGUUGGACCGCGUGUGUCUGUUGCUGCGGCGGGGCGGCGGCGGCGGCUCGGAGGGCGGGGACGAGGCGGGGCUGGAGGGGCAGCACCUGGCCGACAUCGUCCGGCAGCUGAAGGGGCAGCGGCUGCUGCAGACCGAGAAUCUGUCUGACCUCGGAGCUUUGAUCGGCAUCAGCAACACCCGACUCGCCUCCAUCAGAACCAGAUUUGAAGGAGUUUGUCUGCUGGCCCUGUUGGUGGCUGACAGUCCCACCGAUGUAUUCCAGGACCAAUGCAUCUCCUGGCUUCGAGCAGUGCAGCACAUCAUCCAGUCCCAGGACCCUCAGACGACGGUGGAGUUGGCGAUCUGGGUGCUGCGUGACUUGCUGAAGUAUUCGUCCCAGCUUCCCGAGCUGGCGCGGGAGGUGGCCAUGAACCACAUCCCCAGCCUUGUAACCUCUCUGCUGGCGCUGAAGCCCGAGUGCCACGUUGCAGCCAUGGAUGGAAUGAAGACCUGUAUGACCUUUUACCCCCGAGCCUGUGGAUCUUUGCGGGGCAAAUUGGCUGCUUAUUUCCUCAGUAAACUGGAUUCUGCAAGUCCGCAAGUUCAGGAGCUGGCCUGCCAGUGUUACGUCCUGCUGCCGGGUCUCGGCACCGGCUUCGCUCAGGGCAUGAAGUACACAGAGUCCUGGAGUCAGCAGCUGCACUGCCUCCUGGCCACGCUGCACAAUCUGCUGGGGGAGAUGUACGCAGAGACGGAAAACGAUCCCGUUUGCUACGAGGGACCCGGAGUUGACCUGCCCCUGCCCCUGCUCUGUGACACUGACCCCUUCCACGUGCUGCGGCUGAGGCAGCGCUUCUCAGCCCUGAGCAAGUGCCUCUCUCUGUUUCUCGGUUCUGACUUCCCGGUGCCCGUGAAGAUCCCGGUCCAGGACAUGCUCAACUUGAUUUGCCGAGUGUUGAACAUCUCCCCCAGGAGCAUGAGCUGGAUAGGUGAGGGACCGUUGAAGUUGUUAGUCCUGCCGACAGUUCACUGUGACGCCCUUGAGAUUCUCUCUGCACUCAUCGCCGUGUGCAAGAAGCGUCUGCUGCGUUUUGCCGACGUCAUCUGCAGACUCUUCCCUCAAGUCCUGACGGCGUGGGGGUCUCCGCGCGACACAGCCGUACCCGGGCAGGAGAAAGCGUACAGCCCACACAUGAGCAGGCAUCUGGGAGACCAGCGGGAUGGAUUUGCCAGCUGCUGUGGGGCUGCAGGCGCCUCCUGCUGCCUGGGAACUCGCUCUGUGAGAGUGAAGGCGUACAGGGUGCUGGAGAUGUGGGUGAAAGUCUGCGGGGCGUCCUCAGGAGUUCUCCAGGGCUCGUUCCACCAUUCUGAUGUCCUGUUGGCUAAUCUGAUCAGUGAUAUCACUCCUGUGGCAGACAUACUGAAGCUACAGGGGGACAGACCGGCAGCUGACGGGAUCCAGUCACAGAACUACGGCAAACACACCAACAAGAAGCAGAAGCUGAUGCAGCUGAGCGAAGGGUCCGCGAUGCAAGGCCAGAAGAAGAGGGACCUGAGUGCCAACAGCGACGUCUGCCUGGCGGCGCUGAGAGUUUGCAGCAACGUGAUCCUGACCAGCGGAAGCUUCCUGAAAGAGGAGACCCACAAGAAGCUCCACGAGCUGGUGCUGCCCCUGCUGGUCCGUCUGCAGCAGGGGGCGAGCUCGCCCAGCCCCUACCUGCGGGCGGACUGUCGCAAGGAGCUCUACCGUCUGCUGCUUUUCCUGCUGUUGGUGCCUAACCCGAGGUGGCCCCCCCCGCUGCACUGCGCUGUCAAAACCUUCAGCCAGGGGCAGAACGAUGGAAACACCGAGGUGGCAGCUUUCUGUGCCGAGGCCCUGGUGGUCUGCAACUGCGUGAUCCACCCGCGGGUGCCUUCGCUGAGCAGCGCCGGGCUGGGGGCCGGAGCAGCCCCCAAGCCGCCGGCGGUGGACCUGCAGACCCCCUGCAAGCAGCCUCCGCCGCCCCCCUUCCCGCCGAGCGGACUGGCCCUCCGUCCGCAGCCUGACCACCCGUCCCUGCAGGCGCGCUUCUCCGGGAUGUCUGCCCCGCCGCCACCGGCGAGCUUCCCCGCCCCGCUGGCCCCGCCCGCGGCCCCCUCGGCUGAGGUCAGAGCCCCUCCCGGGGAGGGGGAGCCCGACCCCAGGUCCCUGCUGGAAGCUCCGCGGGACGAGGACGCCCUGUUCGGCAACGGAGGCCACCGUCCCGUUUUCGUGCGCUAUGACAAGGAGGAGGAAUCCGACGUCGAGAUCUCUCUGGAGAGCGACUCGGACGACAGUGUGGUGAUCGUCCCUGAGGGUCUCCUACCCGAACGGGGCUCCCCCGAGCCCAAGAAGGAGGAGUCAGCGGCUGCGGAGGAGAUAGAGAAGAUCGUGGUCGCCUCGCCGCCUCCCAGCCAGUCCCAGCUGCCCCCACCGCCAGCCCCUGCUCAGCCCCUGGCCCCCCCGGCGCCGCCUCCCGCCGCCGAAGAGCAGAAGGCGGAGCCCCGGGAGGUGGACGAGGACCUGACCGUCAUCAACAUCAACAGCAGCGAGGACGAGGAAGGCGAGUACCCCGAGGACGAGGAGGACUACUACGAGGAGGAGGAGGAAGAGGAGGAGGACUUCGAGGACGAGGAGGACUUCGAGGAGGGGGAGCUGGAGGAGGAGGAGGAAGAGGAGGAGGAGGAGGACGAGGAAGAGGAAGAGGACGAGAUGGAUUACAAGGAGAUCGAGGAGCUGGAGGAGGAGGAGGAGAUGUUCGACCAGGCCCAGGGUCCCGUGUCAGAGGAUGAGGAGCCUCUGACGGCAAUUAGCGUGCAGGCGGGGGAGGUCAGCCAGCCGGCUCCCGAGGACGGCUCCCCCCACUACGCUGGGCAUCAGGAGGCCGCCUCCCAGAGGGAUGGAGUGCAGGACAUCCCGGCGACGGAGGAGGAGCCGCCUCCGCCCCUGGAGGUGGGGAAGGAGGAGCGGAUCGCCCCUACGGAGGGGGAGGAGGCAGCGGCAACGGAGUCUCUCCCGGAGCAGUGCUCCUGCCCCCCGGAAGUGGAGGCCGGACCCCCGGAGGAGGAGGGGGCGGCAGAGGCGGAGUCGAGGGAACAGCUCCAGGCAGAGGAGGGUGGACAGGCGAUGGAGACGGCAGCGGCCGCCGCCGGCGGGGAGGACGGAGCGCCGGAAGGGGUCAGCGUGUCGGAUAAAGGGACCACCGAGGAGCCCGAGAGGAAAUCGGAGGAGGGGUCCCCGGCAAAAGUACCUGAAGUCCGCGCAGCAGCCGCGGAGGGGAGCACCAGCGAGCCGCCAGAGGAGAUGGAGACGUCUGGGGAGCCUGCUGAAGCCAAGGCGCCCGAGGACGACACGGCGGUCAUGUUAACAGACUUCAUAGACUGUCCACCCGACGAAGACGACGUGGCUGAAGUGCCAGGUUCGAGCGGCUGAUGGCGUCCUGGUGUGGAGAGGGCCAGAGGGAACCACAGCAGCUGCACUGGAGCCAAGGUUGGUCGUGUCUACACGGGAACAAUGUCUCGUAGGCUGUGAUGCUCCAGUUUUACUCUGGACUACUGCCACCUGGCCUGGCUCUGCAGACAAGGAGCUAAAGCUUGGGUAAUUCCAAAACGCAUCCAUGCGCGAGUGUGUUUUCUAUGAAUUUUUUUUAUAAAUCCGUGACAUAAUUGUUAAUGCACCUGGACUUGAGUCUUGUGCAUACGUUUAAUAAACAACUAUGUGGACAGGCUCCAA